AUGAAGGCUGCUGAAGGCCAACAUCCAAUGGCGCAGUCCCACCUCGCCCAGUGUUAUCGCAACGGAACUGGAGUCGAACAAGAUCACACCAAGGCCACCGGGCUGUAUCGCAAUCUUGCCGAACGUGGGAUCCUGCAAGCCCAAAUUGUCUUUGGCGGUUGCUACGAGGUUGGCGAAGGUGUUGAUCAAGACUACGAUGCAGCCAUCGAGUGGUAUUCCAAGGCCGCAGAUCAAGGCAGCGAAGAUGGUCGGCACUUGAUGGCUGUUUGUCUGCAUCAGGGAUUCGGAACCACCGAGGACCGGGAGAAGGCAGCGGUCAUCUUCGAGCAACUCGCCAACGACGGUCACAGCGACAGUCAGUACUGGAUCGGAAGGUGCUACUCAUAUUACAACGGGGGAGUGUCGCGGAACCUCAAGAUGGCUUUCAAGUGGUGCGGCAAGUCGGCCAGCCAAGGCAACUCGUUUGGGCAGUGGAUGUUUGGCGGUUGCCACUUGACUGGAGACGGCAUCACCAGGGACUACGCCAAGGCAAUUGAGUGGUAUCGCAAGUCCUCCGAACAGGGCAAUCCAUAUGGGCAGUUUUCCCUUGCAUCUUGCUAUGAAGCUGGUUUUGGUGUCCCCGUGGAGAUCGAUACCGCCAUCUUCUGGUUCCGCAAGUCUGCCAACCAGGGUCUUGGAGGAUCCAUCGAUUGCCUCAAAAACCUCGGCAAGUGGCCCUGA